AUGGCGUCUUUUUAUGAACCUGAUGCGCAUCAAUACCCCCAACCCGGUCAUACAAGUUGGCCAUACUCGAAUCCGUCAAUGCCUAAUUCGACAGCACACACCAAUCCGCCCGCAAAUGCGAACCGCGCGAAUCCAUUCACAUGCGGCUGUGGCAAUACGUGCUUCAGAUGCUGGAAGAAAAUGUGCGAGGCGGAAGAACUACAACCUCGUAUAUCUCCGCACAUAUUCAAAUUCGAGACUGAGCGAGAACUCGACGACUUUGUCAACUGGCGAGACCCAUCGAGCUCUACAGGUCAAGCAGCUUCGAAUCAGAAGAAGAAACAGUACAGGAAACGCGGCAAAAGACCUCGCCGCCAUCCAGAGCCAAUGGAGCAAAUAGAGCAACCUGCCGAGUCGCCCGCUCCCCCGAAUAAUUCGAACAUGCCUCCUCCUGAAGUUGAAGAAUACGACCGCGUACCAUGGUCCAACUACAUCUCGCAGCGUCUAUACCACAAAUUUAUAAAGGACCGCAGCCUUUUAAACCCGGACGAACUCGCACAACUUGACGCACAAAGGCGUCAACACAAAGCCGACGAAUUCGCAGAGAAACCCGCAUGGCAACCCGACUUCAGCCCAGAAGAGCAGCGGUUCUGGGCGGACACAACACUUCCUCGCCGUACAAUAUAUCAAUUGUACCGGCUCCGGUUCAACAUUGAGCGUACUCCGCAAGAGGCCCUGGACAGCGUGAACUAA